CCUGGCGGUGCUGUACAGUUAUCCAGGAGACCUCUAGGCGGACAAUUUUCUUGUGGUAAUGACAGCGCAAAACAUAACAUUUUAGUUUGAGUCUCUACUGUACACCCGGCACUGCAGACGUAUCAUCGAAAAGAAGACAAAGUUUUAAAACAACACUAAAACUAUUUGUAGUUGAGAAAGACAUCUGUGACGGAGUCGUAACCCAUCGAGUUAUGUGGCAUUAUUUAACACGUUCAGGUCUUAGCAUAUACGUACAUUAUUUUCUUUCCAUUCACAAGUGAGCUGGUAGUCCGUGUGAAGACCAAGCCCAGCCAGCCGAAGCUGUCAGCAGUGCUGCUCCCUUCUGAGUCAUGCAUUGAAGCAAAACAAAUCCGCUCCUAGCAGCAAAGCUAACAAGACGUCGAACACGCAAGUGCCCGUUCAUUUGUUCUUUCUUCUAGGUUUCCCUUAAUUCCCACCUUCCUCUGAUUUUUCACUGCAUUGCCACCCAUCUCUUGUUGCCUGAAGCCAUGGCUGCUAACAGGAAUGCUUUGGCCCUUCACAAAGUAAUAAUGGUGGGCAGCGGUGGCGUGGGCAAGUCAGCACUAACACUGCAAUUCAUGUAUGAUGAGUUUGUGGAAGACUAUGAGCCCACCAAAGCUGACAGCUACAGAAAAAAGGUGGUUCUGGAUGGAGAGGAAGUUCAGAUCGACAUCCUCGACACAGCAGGACAGGAGGACUAUGCUGCCAUUCGGGACAAUUACUUCCGCAGCGGAGAGGGAUUUCUCUGCGUGUUCUCCAUCACAGAAUCUGAAUCCUUUGCUGCUACUGCUGAUUUCAGAGAACAGAUCCUUCGGGUAAAAGAGGAGGAGAACGUACCUUUCCUGCUGGUGGGAAAUAAGUCAGACUUGGAGGACCGGCGGCAAGUCGGGGUGGAGGAGGCCAAGGCCAGAGCAGAUCAGUGGGCAGUCAGCUACGUCGAGACUUCUGCCAAAACCCGUGCCAACGUAGAUAAGGUGUUUUUUGAUCUCAUGCGUGAAAUCAGAGCCAGAAAAAUGGAAGAGGGCAAAGAGAAAAAUGGAAAAAAGAAGAGGAAAAGUUUGGCAAAGAGAAUCCGAGAAAGAUGUUGCAUUUUAUAACAACUGGGUCGCACUCUAACACUAACAUCUUUUCUCUAACCCUUCCACUGCUUCCAAAAAAAAAAACCCCAUCAGGUUUCAUCACUCUCCAGGCACAAAUCCUGGAGAUUAUCUCCUUAAAACACAUCUAGGCUACAGCCUGUGUCUGUUUCUUCUCGUUGUUGUUUAUUCGAUGGGUAUAAAAGGGCAGAACAUCAGAUAUGCAUUAAAAUGACAAACCGUAUCAAGGGUCUGACAUAUCAGAUGAAAACAUUUCUCAGCUCAAGCACUCCAGAACUGACUACUAUAAUAAUUUUUAAUGACUUAGAUUCUGUUUAUUUUAGUUGCUUUUAGUUGAAUAUGAGUAAAUUGAUUGCUUCACACUAACACUGUAGGAAAAAUACUACUACUCCGAACUAUUUGUUAGCAAGUUCACGGCGUGUUUUGAGGAUUUAAACCUUCUGUUCUGUUUUACUUCCUAAAGUAAAGCCUUAAUGUUACAAAAAUAUUGGGUUUCAAGCUGCAUAAAUGCUUUUAGGUCAUUUUCUAAAAGAAAAUUAUAGCUAUAUAUCGUUACCUAACAUAGCCAAUGCUAAAUAUUACCCAAGCAAAUGCGCAAAUUAUUAAAAAUAGCUCAUAAACACAGGAAUCAAAGAAGUUUAUUCUUAAUUUUCUCUUUUACCUAAACCUUUCUUUGAAUUCAGACAGUCUAAAAGGGUAAAAGCCCAUGCAUUUCAGAAAAGUUGGCACUGUCCUUUAUUUCAUUUUAAUGAGUCUAAUAGUGCACAAAACUAGUUUCAAAUAUGUGAUUUAACAUAACCCAAUCUCUCCUAAAGCACACAUAAAAUAUUUGUAGUUAAAAGGGCUCAUCCCUGUGUGUAUGGCACUAGAUUUAGAGGUUUGUUUUGUGCUAUCUAGGGGUCCCAAAUCACACAUAGAUUUUGCAAUUUAGAAAUGAGAACGUCAUUUAGCUUGAGUUGACUUAACUGUGAAAACAGGUUGGAAUGUUUUAUUGCACAGACUGAAUUGUGUACUUUAUUAUAACUUAUAUGCAACUGAAUAUUUCUUGCUAUGUUUAUCCUGUGUAAUUAUGUUUUCUAUUGUAAAUUAAAAUGUUCAGAAUUUUAGUUCUAAGGGGAAGAGUAUAUUGUGAAAUCACGCUCACUCAUACUAAAACUAAGAAACACUAAGGGCUGGACACAAUCUGCUUUUCAGACACCUGCAGAUCUGGAGUAAACAAGAACCGUCACCCUUUGAUGAAUGGUUUUGAAUAAGCACAUCCAUGUGUAAAUAAAUGUGAGGUUGACAGUUUAUUUCCACAUUACCGAUUUUUUUUUCUUUUGCAGCUAAAACUACAGUUUCUUUUAAAUGUUAACUGUCUGUAAACUUAUUUUAAAAUGUGACUUGUCUUUACCCAAAUCUUUGUGUGUGUACUGUGGCAUAUGCAAGUUUUUCUUUGUUUGUUUAUUCAGUCAUAGUGGGUUACUAUCCCUCAACAAACUCUUGAUUGGUCUGUUUGUGCGGUAAGCGUGCCAUGUGGCAAUGAUGCUGAUAUAUCAACAGCUGAUGCCUCAAGAGACCCCUCAUUACUUUAAAAAGUGACUGUCUUUGAGUGCAAAAAAAACCUUUACAAUACAAGACAUUUUAAUAUAA